AUGGAAAACUGCUUUUGGAGAAGGCAAGGUCUGUAUUUCCUUCUCUUUUUCUCAUUCUCUAAAGUAAUGUGUACUUCAAUUUCUUUUUCUAUCCCUGAAGAAAAGAAAAAGGGAUUUCUAGUGGCUAAUGUGCUUAAAGAUUUAAAACUGAAAACAAGGGAGCUCACAACACGCAAAGCACAUCUAGUUUCUGAUGACUCUGAGGAAUAUUUCCAUCUUGACAUCCCUACUGGAAAUUUGUUGAUUUAUAAUAAAAUAGACAGAGAAGCUUUAUGUGGCCAGAAUGACCCAUGUUUACUUUUAACUCAAAUUGUACUAGAAAAUCCCUUAGACAUCUUUAAUAUUGAAAUCAAAAUAGAAGAUGUGAAUGACAAUAUACCCAAAUUUUGGAAAACCAAAGUGGAGAUGAACAUUCCCGAGAAUGUUCCUAAAAAUACAACAUUCCACCUGGAAUCUGCUCAAGAUGAGGAUCUGGGAGAAAAUAGCAUUCAAAACUAUACUCUCAGUCCUAAUGAGCAUUUUCAGCUUCAAAUACAUAAGCAGGAAGAUGGGAGUAACAAUAUGUAUCUUGCUUUGAAAAAAGGACUAGAUAGGGAGAAGAUGCCUCAUCUUGGACUGACUCUAAUGGCUAUUGAUGGUGGUAUACCACAGAAAACAGGUACAAUGCAAAUUAAUAUCAAUGUUCUAGAUAUUAAUGAUAACUUCCCCAAGUUUAGUAAGUCUGAAUAUAAGGUAAAAAUAAAGGAAAACAUUCUUAAGGGAACUUUGGUGACUAAAGUGGACGCUAUGGAUCUUGAUUUGGGUUCAAAUGCACAGAUACUUUAUUCAUUUUAUCAAGUGCCGGAAAGAAUAAAUAAUUUGUUUCUUCUAAAUGAAAAAAAUGGAGAAAUCACUGUUUGCGGUCAGUUUGAUUAUGAAAAAGAAAAGACUUAUAGCAUAAACAUCAAAGCCACAGAUGGUGGGGGUCUUUCAGAGCACUGCAAGGUAUUGAUAGAGGUUGAAGAUGUGAAUGACAACCCUCCAGAAGUGUCCAUCAUAUCUCUGACCAGCUUCUUAAAAGAGGACUCUCUCCCAGACACAAUGGUGGCCCUCUUCAGUGUUAGAGACCAAGACUCUGGAGACAACAGCAAAAUGGUCUGCUCCGUGGAGAUGAACCUUCCUUUUGUGCUCAAAGGCACCACAAACAACUUUUAUCAGCUUGUGCUCCAAAGUCCCCUAGACAGAGAGACGGUCACUGAGUAUAACAUCACCAUCACAGCCAUUGACUGCGGCUCUCCUAGGCUCACUUCAACAAGACUGAUUAAUGUUCAGAUCUCCGAUGUCAAUGAUAACCCUCCUCUUUUUGAAAAGCCUUCAUUUGACAUGCAGAUCUGGGAGAAUAAUAUUCCAGGCUUGUACAUCGGCUCAAUCCACGCUGUGGAUCUGGACACAAAGCUGAAUGCUAAAGUGACUUACUCAGUUCUGCCUGGGAAGGGUGAUGGCCUUUUGCCCUCUUUCAUUUCAAUCAACUCUGAAACUGGAAACCUGUAUGCCCUCCGAUCCCUGGACUAUGAGCAGAUAAGAGGCUUCAGAGUUACUGUGAGGGCCUCUGAUGGUGGUUCUCCUUCCCUGAGCUCACAAGUGAUUGUCCGCAUCCACAUCAUAGAUGAAAACGACAACGCUCCCUUCUUCCUGUAUCCCCUCCAGAACAACACAUCCCCAUGCAAUGAGCUGGUUUCCAAGUCAGCCGAGGCCGGCUAUCUGGUCACCAAGGUGGUUGCAGUGGAUGUAGAUUCUGGCCAAAACUCUUGGCUUUCCUAUGAAUUGCUGAAGGCCACGGACCCAGCCCUUUUCAGCAUAGGAGUGCAGAAUGGGGAAGUGAAAACCAGGAGAGCCCUGAAUGAGCGAGACACAAACAAGCAGAGGCUGGUGAUUCUGGUCAGAGACAACGGUCUUCCUCCCCAGACCAGCACGGCGUUGCUUAAUGUCCUUCUUGUGGAUGGCUUUUCGGAUCCCUUCCUGAGGAGGGUGGAUGUCAGUGUGCAAGAACCGGAAGAAGACAAAGCCUUGACCAAGUAUUUGGUGAUCUGCUUGGCUGCUGUCUCCUUUGUGUUCCUGGUCUGUAUUGUUGUGUUUGUUGUGGUCAAAAUCCUCAAGAAGGACCCCCAAAGCCAUUUUACUGCAGCUGUUCCUCACUUCCCACCUGCCAGUGCUGAUGCCCCAGAGAACUGUGCAGAUUCACAGAAUGGGUCGCUUCCCAGGACUUACCGUUAUGAUGUUUGUUUGACUGGUGGAUCCUUAAGUAGCGAGUUCCGAUUUCUCAGGCCC